AUGAGUGAUAAACCAAAGAUUCACUACUUCAAUGGAAGGGGGGCGAGCGGAAAGUAUCCGCUGGAUGUUGGCAGCAUAUGGUAUCGAGUUUGAAGAAAACUUUAUUGAAGAAAAGGAACAAUAUGACCAGAUGGUUAAAAAUGGAGAUCUGAUGUUUCAGCAACUUCCAAUGGUGGAAAUGGAUGGCAUGAAAUUAGUAUCAUCAAGAGCCAUCCUGAACUAUAUAGCUGGAAAAUGCAAUAUAUAUGGAAAGGACCUAAAAGAAAAAGCAUUCAUUGACAUGUAUGUUGAUGGAAACAGUGACUUAAUGGCACUCUUGCUAGCAAUGCCCUUCCUGAAAGAAGAUGAAAAAGAAGCAAAAAGAUCUUAUUAAUCAAAGAGCUUCAAAAAGAUAUUUUCCAGUUUUUGAAAAAGCUUUGCAAAAUCAGAAAUAUUUAGUUGGAGAAAACUUCAGUUUUGCAGAUGUGAGUCUUGUGGAAACCAUUUUAGCAGUGAAGGAGAUGCAUCCUAAUAUCCUGCAACACUUUCCUAAUUUACAGGGUUUCAAAGCAAGAAUGUGUGAGAUGCCAACAAUUAAGAAGUUCCUAGCGCCAGGGAGUCAAAAAAAGCCUGUUGCUGAUGAAGCAUAUGUAAACACCGUAAAGAAAGUCUUGUCGUUGUGA